AUUAGUAAUUAAUUCGUAUAAUUAAUGUUCCUUGACAGAUGCGGUCACAUACUACAAAUGCCGAUUCGAAUUUAGUAUGGCCAUUCUAUUAUACAAACUAACCCAUGAUACAAAGCUACGUCUUUCAGCUAGUUCACUCUCCCUCCCCUAUAUAUACAGUUUACACGAUUGCUCCGAUCCCUUCCUAGGGCUUAUAGAACAUGGAGACUACAGUCUCCAUGGCCUAGAAUCAUCUGUCACACGUCGCCAUUUUGAAUGUAGUAAAGCAUUAUUUGUCCAAAGCGCUUCAGCUUCCUGAUUACUGCUACUUCGCUUGACGAAUUGGUUGCUUUACUAGUAAUUAUUGGAAUUUCAAUCGGAAUCAAAAAAGAUUUUCAUUGGAUUUAGUGAAUGACCAUGGCUUACAGGGAUCGUGAUCGCGAUGGCGACAGAAGAGGAGGUUUAGGAUUAGGCUUAGGAGGUAAUCGCGGAGGACUCGGAAGUGGCAGUGCUAAUCGUAGUUUUCCUGGAAGAUAUGGCGGAGGCGGUGGGGGAGGCAACAGAUUUAGCAGUGGACCAAGCGGUGGAAGAGACAUGGGAAUGGGAUUCGGUAAUAGUUCAUUCAAAAAUCGUCAACCAGGCGAACGAUUGCGAAAACCAAGAUGGGAUAUGAGUUCACUUCCACCAUUUAGAAAAGAUUUUUAUCGGCCACACCCAAAUGUUUGUGGUCGUAGUCCUCAUGUUGUUGAAGCAUACAGAUCUGAUAAAGAAAUUACAGUUAAAGGUACUAAUGUCCCUUCUCCAAAUAUUUACUUCGAGGAAGGUGGAUUCCCAGACUAUGUCAUGUCUGAAAUACAUAGACAAGGUUUUGGGGAACCAACGGCCAUACAAGCUCAAGGCUGGCCAAUAGCUUUGUCAGGUCGUGAUAUGGUGGGAAUUGCUCAAACAGGCUCUGGAAAAACAUUGGCAUAUAUUCUUCCUGCGAUAGUUCACAUCAACAAUCAACCAAGAUUGAAUCGUGGUGAUGGCCCUAUAGCUUUGAUCCUAGCUCCUACAAGAGAAUUAGCUCAACAAAUUCAACACGUAGCAUCAGACUUUGGUGUGUCGUCGCAAGUAAGAAAUACAUGCAUUUUUGGAGGAGCACCAAAAGGACCACAAGCCCGUGAUUUGGAAAGAGGCGUUGAAAUAUGUAUAGCUACCCCUGGUCGCCUUAUAGAUUUUCUAGAGCGAGGAACGACAAAUCUUCGAAGGUGUACUUACUUAGUAUUAGAUGAGGCUGACCGUAUGUUAGAUAUGGGCUUUGAACCACAAAUUAGGAAAAUUGUUGAACAAAUUAGGCCUGACAGACAAACGCUCAUGUGGUCAGCAACAUGGCCUAAGGAAGUUCGUAAUUUGGCUGAGGAGUUUUUAACUGAUUACAUACAAAUUAACAUUGGUUCAUUGACGCUGGCCGCUAAUCAUAACAUUCUACAAAUUGUGGAUGUAUGCGAAGAGUUUGAGAAAGAAAAUAAGCUGAUGAAACUUCUAGAAGAGAUCUCUCGUGAACCAGAAAAUAAAACAAUGAUUUUUGUUGAAACAAAAAGGAAAGUAGAUGAAAUCACUAGAGCCAUUAAUAGAUAUGGAUACCAUGCUAUUGGAAUUCAUGGAGACAAGAGUCAACAAGAACGAGACUACGUUUUGAGUCAAUUCCGAAACAGCAGAUCAGCGAUAUUGGUUGCGACAGAUGUAGCUGCCCGAGGUUUAGAUGUUGAAGAUGUGAAGUUUGUGAUAAAUUUGGAUUACCCAUCAAAUUCCGAAGAUUAUGUACAUCGAAUUGGGCGUACGGGGCGUUCGCAACGGACUGGAACAGCUUAUGCAUUUUUCACUCCAGCAAACGCUCACAAAGCCAACGAUUUGAUUGAAGUUCUUGAGGAAGCCAAACAGGUUGUUAAUCCAAAACUUUACGAAUUAUGCAGAACACCAGGAUUAUAUAAAAGAGGACGGUACGGUAAUCGUAGUGGAGGUCCAAUGAGGAAUAGUAGCCUUAGUAACAAUCGAAUGGGUAGCUUCCGUGGAUUGCGCGGCAAUCGUGAUGAUCGUCGAGGAAAUGGAAUUGGAGGACGAUUUAAUGAUCGCAAUAAUGAUCGUGGAGCUAGCAAAUGGACAGGCAAUUCUGGAGGUGGUUUAGGCCAAAACUACGGAAACAAUCAAAAUCAAGGCUUCGGUAAUAAAAGUUUCGGUCAAAAUAACUUUGGCGGAUUAGGCUCUCUUCUCAACAGCAACAAUACCUACGGUCAAAAUGGGAAUAUGUACGGUGGCAAUUCUGGUUUCAAUAGACCACAGAAUAAAUAUUGAAUUUUGUUAUAUUGAACGAUUGGUAACGUCUGCUGAAUCUAUUGAAGAUUACUUGUGCAAAAAGUUAGGUAAGAAGUAUUGAAAUCUUUCUCAAUAGGUUUCGGAAAAAAUCAUCUUUUUUAACGUAAAAAUAAUCUGUUAACUUUUUUUAAAAUCUUGUAUUUCAAAAUAGAAAGAAUAUUCUGACUGCUGAUUUUUACUUUUCUUUAAUAAUGUCAUGUAAUACAUUAGUUAAAGCUUAAUGUAGAUAGCUGACAGCUAGAUGAUAUUUGUUUAAACAGCAUUCGUAUUUUGACGAUAGCUAGAUGAUAAACUUGUAUUCUUAUUCAAGGCAUUAAUAAAUGAAAACAUGUCUUUUGAUAGAUAAAAGUUAUACAUUUAUUUCAUUAUUUUUCUUCAUAAAAUUAUUAAACAAAACAUGAGACAUAACAUCGUUAUUGUUUUUCAUAAGUUUUACAAGUUCAACGUACGUUGUAUGAUAAUAAUAAUUUCAAAUCAAUUCAUAUGCUAUAAUUGAAUUUAUGAUUAAUCAAAAUAUUAAUUAUAUUGAUUGUAUUAAUAACAUUAAUUAACUGUUAAUUAUCAAAAUAAAAUUUACUUAAAAUUCCCACUAAUGAUUUGCCAUAAUACUUAAUAAUUAAUUGAUUGUUAUAAAUUUUGAUAAGAUUAUCAACAUUUUUACUGCUCUUUUUAUUAAAGUUCUUCACAUCUUGUGCAAAAAAAUUUUCUGAUCUUUUCUGAUCUUUUCUGAAAGUAUAAGAAAAUUCAAAAUUUCACGCUCUCUUUUAGCAUCACCAAACAAUGCUGAGGCUGCAUGUCGGCGACUGAUCAAUUUUUUAAAGAUAAAAGUAAAAAUAUAAAAAUAGGAGGGGGAGAUUUCGUUUGAACGUCGUUUCAAUUUUUUGAGCGUGAUCCAAUUCAUUCCUCAAGUCUCUAAUAGUAGUGAAUUACGUUUCGCUACUCCAACAGCAUACGUUAAUCGUCGCUUUUGUU